GGUUACGAAUGGAUACAGAAAAAGUAACGAAAAUUUUUGUUUUUGAACGAAUAUAACACCGAAGAGGAGUACUGAAAAUGAAGCCGAUUAAAUGCAAAACGUACUCGAUGUACAACACAAAAGCAAUAUAAACGACACAUAUUUUGAACUAGAGGAACGACCAUCUGCCACUGUUAACAUGUAGAUAUAUGCGUGCAUAUACCGGCAAUAUUUCUUGUAUAUGUUCCCCCGAACUUUUGUUGAGUCUCUUUUUUUUCGUUUGAUGUUAUUAAGUGCGUAUGUAUGUAUAUAGUUGGGAACCUAACAAACUGCAAAGGGCAUUUUAGUUUAAUGUUCUCGUCCAUAAACAACACAUUGGUGUUUUGAGCGGUUACGGUAAAGGUGUAGAAAAAUAGUUCUUCCUCAAACAGUCGUUGGUUUUGUUACCAUUUUUUUUUAAAUAACUCAAAUUGUGGAAAACUCAGGUUUUCUUUUAACCAAAAUCAUGUCUAGUGAAUCGCCGCGCAAAAAGAGACUUACCUGUUUAAUUUGCGGUAGCUAUACAGCAUCAAUGCUAAAUAUAUACGAACCGCGAUGUGGACCAAAUAUUGUCGAGAUAAUCAAACAAAAAUUCGAACUUGAGCUAUCGGAUGAGGACAGUCCACAAUACCUGUGCUACCAGUGCAAUAACUGGCUAAUCAAUUGGCACUCGUUACAAAAUAUAAACGAUGGUUCCAGUUCGAGCAGCAAAUCCGGAAAAAAUGUGCGGUUCAAUCAAUCGAUACCCGAGGAGCAUCAACAAGAACAAGAACAAGAAACAAUGGCCGUUCUAGUCGAUCAAUAUUCAGAUGUGCUAAGACUUCGGUCAAACUUAAGCAAAUAUUUUUAUUAUCCGAAAAAGACAAAUUUCAAUUAUCCCGAAAGUGCCAUACUAAGAACUAAGUGCAGUGUGUACAGUCGUGAAAAUCGUAUCAAAGCAGCAAGACAAAGAUAUCGAUCGUUUCGUUCGCGUUUCAUCAACAGAAAGUGUUUUCGAUAUGGCCAUCAACGUAAACAAACCGUUCGUGCGUAUGUCAAUAAAUCGUCAAACUCACGUCUACGCAUGAAACGAAAGUCUUCAUCACACAGCCAAAGACGAAUGGUAGAGCAUCGGUCUAGUCAGACAAUUGUAAUAAAUCCAUAUGUUGUGUCUAGACUAAAGAAAUUGGGCACAACUGUUAUACGUGAAGGUACAUCUGCAACUGCCGCCAAUGACCUUUCUCGUAGCAUCACGAAAAAAAUCGAUCGAAGUGUAAUUCGAUCCAAUUCAGACGAUAUUCUUAUUGCAUUCAAUACGGUGCUGCAGGAAGUGUUUCCAGUGGAUAUAUCAGAAAAAGAGGAUGUGGUUGUUGUUGAUGAUUUUAGUAAAAUUUUUGAACGCAUUCCAAAGUCGUUGAGUAUAACGUUAGCCUAAUUUUUUUUGAGUUUUGAGAAAUUAAUUUAAUUUUUUUCACGAACUUGUGUAUUUGUGUAGAAAAUGUAUUUUGUGCUUGAAAUUGUAAUUUAUUUCUAAAUAAAAUUAUUUAUUUA